AUGACCAGGCUUGAUGGCAAAGAGAGUGAGGAGCAGACGGACGAAGCGACAGAAGAAAAAAAUGAGACUGAAAAGAAGAAAAGUAAAGCGGAGAAGCAUGUGUCUUUCCCUCCCGACGAGCAGAUUGUGUCGGGGUUUGCUGAGUUCCAAAACAGAAAUGCUGACAGAUGCCUCACCUUGACGGAGAUAAUGGCGGCCUACCAACAGAGCUGUAGCAAGCAUCAAGUCCAGCCCAAUGCCCGAGUGCUGGAACUACUGCAGGCCCACUUGAAAUAG